AUGUCCUAUCCUCAGGCUUAUCUAUACCAGCCUCCGGGCUCGCUGGCGCUGUAUUCGUGUCCGUCUUAUGGGCCCUCGUCUUUGGCUGCUCCGCGGAAUGAAGAACUGGCGCGCUCGUCCUCUGGCUCCGCGUUCAGCCCGUACCCAGGAUCGGCUGCUUUCACCGCGUCUGCAGGCACGGGCUUCUCCAGUCCACUAACGUAUUCUACGGACCCCACCGCUGGAUUCCCGUCGUAUGUGAGCUCACCCUAUGACCCUCACAGCACGGGCAUGGCUGGGGCGCUCAGCUACCACCCGUACGGCAGUCCCGGAUACCCGUACCAGCUCAACGACCCGGCGUACCGCAAGAACGCCACGAGAGACGCCACGGCCACACUGAAGGCCUGGCUGCAGGAGCACCGGAAGAACCCGUACCCCACUAAAGGAGAGAAGAUCAUGCUGGCCAUCAUCACCAAAAUGACCCUGACCCAAGUGUCCACGUGGUUCGCCAACGCCAGGAGGAGACUCAAGAAGGAGAACAAGAUGACGUGGGCCCCGAGGAACAAGAGCGAAGACGAAGAUGAAGACGACGGCGAUGGGGAAAGGAAGGAAAUAGAGAGGUCCGAGAAAACUCUGGAUAACAGCGAGGCUUCAGCCGAGGAUGAAGGCAUUAGUUUGCACGUGGACACUCUAACAGACCACUCGUGCUCAGCGGAGUCUGACGUGGAGAAGGUGACGUGUCGUGCGGGGGAGCGCACAGGGGAUGAGGACGUAGACGACGCGAUGGAACGCCACCUCGACGCACGGGGCCAUAUUACCCCAAAGCCCAUCACGUCGUCACCGCUCACCGGGGUAGAAGCCCCCAUUCUCAGCCCGCACCACCCCCUCCAUCACCUCCACCACCACCUGCAGCGCGAGGACUUAGCGCGCAGCCUCAUGGGAAACAAAGUUCUUGAGGCCAGAGCCCCGUCUCAGAACCCGUCGGUCAAGCCUAAGCUGUGGUCACUUGCAGAGAUCGCUACCUCGGACCAAAAACAGCCGCAGCAAGCGAACUGCCCCUCCUCCAGUGGGGGCCUCCUCACAGCCCCCUCCUCUGCCAGCCCACCCUCGCUCUACCCGCCCCCCUCCAUCAUUGGAAGACCUAUUUAUUACACGUCUCCCUUUUAUAGCAAUUAUACAAACUAUGGAAACUUCAGUCCGCUGCAAGGCCAGGGCAUAUUGCGCUACACCAACUCCUCUGGAGUCAGUCUAGCCGCAGCUGCCGCGGCGGCGGCUGCUGCUGCCUCUUCCUCCUCUUCACCACAGCAUCAUCACAAUCAGCACGAGGGCAAACUCAGGCCCGACUCCCCUGUUGCGAAAAAUAACAAUACAGUUGAACAGCAGUCCCAUUUCAGAUCCACACAUUUAGAAGCAAAGAAAGUUCGUAUCCAGUGCCACCAGUUCUGA